GCGAGCAUGCGAGAGCCGCCGGGGCGGGCGGCAGCGGCGCAGCCAGCCGGGGCCGCGGCCGGGGCGGCGGAGCCAUGCUGCUGGCCUCGGCCGUGGUGGUGUGGGAAUGGCUGAACGAGCACGGGCGCUGGCGGCCCUACAGCCCGGCCGUCAGCCACCACAUCGAGGCGGUGGCCCGCGCCGGGCCGCGGGCGGGCGGCAGCGUGGUGCUGGGCCAGGCCGACAGCCGCCUGGCGCCCUACAUCAUCGACCUGCAGUCCAUGCACCAGUUCCGCCAGGACACCGGCACCAUCCGGCCCGUCCGGCGCAGCUACUACGACCCGUCCUCGGCGCCGGGCAAGGGAGUCGUCUGGGAGUGGGAGAAUGACAGCGGGACGUGGACGCCCUACGACAUGGACGUGGGCAUCACCAUCCAGCGCGCCUACGAGAAGCAGCACCCCUGGGUGGACCUGAGCGCCAUCGGCUUCUGCUACGUCAUCGACUUCGCCACCAUGGGCCAGAUCAACCGGCAGACCCAGCGCAAGCGCCGCGUCCGCCGCCGCCUCGACAUGGUCUACCCGCUGGUGUCGGGCACGCUGCCCAAGUCGCAGUCGUGGCCGGCCAGCCCCGGGGCGGCGGCGGCCCCGCCGGUGCCCGCCUGCACGUGUCCCCAGUGCCUGCUGGUCAUGAGCGUCAAAGCCGCCGCCGGCCCCGGCACGUCCACCCUGCAGCCCCGCAAAGCCGCCCCCGGCCGGCGGCAGGCGGCCAGCACGCCCGCCCUGAGCUCGGCCGGUGCCUCCAGCAGCCCCCCCGGCGUGGGCAGCGGCAAGGGCACCCGGGCCAGCCUGGGCACCCUGAACCGCAGCCACCUGCAGCGCCUGGCCAUCGCCCAGUCCCGCGUGCUCAUCGCCUCCGGGGUCCCCACUGUCCCUGUGAAGAACCUCACUGGCUCCAGCCCCGUCAACCCAGCACUGGCAGGGAUCACAGGGAUCCUCAUGAGUGCAGCCGGGCUGCCCGUGUGCCUGACCCGGCCCCCCAAGCUGGUGCUGCACCCCCCACCCGUCAGCAAGAGUGAGAUCCAGUCCAUCCCUGGCAUCUCCCACUCCUGCCGCAAGACCACCAAGAAACAGGCCAAGAAGGGUAAAACCCCGGAGGAGGUGCUGAAGAAAUACCUGCAGAAGGUGCGGCAUCCGCCAGACGAGGACUGCACCAUCUGCAUGGAGCGCCUCUCUGCCCCCUCUGGCUACAAGGGGCCCCAGCCAGCCGUCAAGCCUGACCUCGUGGGGAAGCUGGUCAAGUGCAGCCACGUCUUCCACCUCCACUGCCUGGUGGCCAUGUACAACAACGGCAACAAGGAUGGAAGUCUGCAGUGCCCCACCUGCAAAACCAUCUAUGGGGUGAAGACAGGGACGCAGCCUCCCGGGAAGAUGGAAUAUCACAUCAUCCCCCACGCGCUGCCCGGCCACGCCGACUGCAAAACCAUCCGCAUCAUCUACAACAUCCCCCCGGGGGUGCAGGGACCAGAGCAUCCAAACCCUGGGAAGAGCUUCACGGCCCGUGGCUUCCCCCGGCACUGCUACCUGCCAGACAGCGAGAAGGGCAGGAAGGUACUGAAGUUGCUGCUGGUGGCCUGGGACCGGCGCCUGAUCUUCGCCAUUGGGACGUCCAGCACCACGGGCGAGUCGGACACGGUGAUCUGGAACGAGAUCCACCACAAGACAGAGUUCGGCUCCAACCUCACCGGCCACGGCUACCCCGACAUCAACUACCUGGACAAUGUCCUGGCUGAGCUGGCAGCCCAGGGCAUCACCGAGGAGAGCCUGGCACAGGAGAAGGACUGAGACCGUGGCGAGGAGGCAAGAAAAGGGUUGCCUGUGCCGGCACCCACCUGGAUAAAGCUGCUGGAGAUACCUGCCUGGGGGCUUUUCAGGGCACACCUGGAGCCCCCUGCUCCCAGUGGCAGCCACGCAGUGCCCCAGGCUGGCUGGGAAUGUGGGAGAAGGUCCUUUUGGCCGUCCCCUUCACUCCUGCAGGGCGGGAACAUCCUCACACACAGCUGUGGGGCUUCAGGCUGGCUUGGCCACCCCUGUGGAUGGUGUUCUGUCCUAUCUGUCACUGUGCUGAGGGCUUGGGGGGUGCCAGGCUCCCCUCUCUCCUCAUCCGUGCCAGUCCCAGCCUGACCUAACACCCCUGUCACCCACCUGGGGCUGGGACCUGGCUUGGGGUGGGAGCUGGGGCCACAGGAGUCCCCCUUGCUCUGCCUCAUCCCUCUGACGUUUGUUUGUCCGUUCGUUCUGUCCGGUCCCUCCCCACCGGUGUCCUGUGUCUGUGCAGGCUGGGGGGCCUGGGCUGCCCCGGCUCCCCCCAGCCCUGCCCCCUGCUCCUCUUGGCUGUGUCUGAGCUGUGCCCUGCAGGGUCCCCGUGUCUGGGCUGCCCCUGCCUCUGCAUGCCAGGGAGGGGCUGGUGGGUGGUAGGAGGUGUGUGUGGGGGGACAGUGACACCCACCCCCGCGCCGUGGGUUCCUUGAACUGUUCGUAUGGGGGCGUCCCCACGUUGGAUUUUCUAUAUACCUCGUGUUUUGGGGUUUUGUCGUAUAUAUGUACAUAUAGGGGGGUGUCUGGGGAGGCAGCCUGGGAGAACGUGGUGCUGCAGCCGAGCUGGGGCUGGGCACAGUGGUGCUUGGGGUUGGGACAGGGGCUGUGGGGCCCCCCACCCCGACAGGGCUCUGCCCCACGGGAGGGCUGUCACUUGUGGGUCCCCAUGGGGCCAGGUGCAGGUGGGGUAAGAAGUGUCCCCAUUCCUGCCCCCGGAGAGGCCUUGGGGAGGUCUGCAGGGGAAGGUGGUCGGUGACGGGUUGGUACAGGCUGGGCCAGGAGGGUGGUGUGGGUAGGAGAGUGUGGGUGUUGGGGUGGGGGAAGUGUGUUCCCAGGCUCUGGGGGUCCCUGUCAGCCCCCUGGGGUGACUGGGCCUUGGAGAGCCCAGGUGGAAGGUGUCCCUGCCCAGGGCAGGGGUUAGGAAUGAGAGAGUCUGUGGGGUCCUUCCAUCCCAAACCAGGGGUUCAUGGGGCCUCUCGGAGCCCCCUGUGCUGCGUGCUGGGGGUUCCCUGGCCCUCUGUGCUGGUGGGAGGGGGGUCCAUCCUGCUGUGCAUCGUUCUGUUGUCGUUGCUGUUUUUCCUCUCCGUGGCCUGGCGGGUCCGUCACCCCACGGCCACCCCGCGGAGGGGCUGGGGGUCAAUAAAGCGGAUGGCAGGGGACUCUGGCGGUCCCUGCACGGCCUGGCCUCUCCGUUGUCUUCUGUCAGUCAUCUGUGUGGGCAGGGCCAGGCACCCCGGGUCCCCCUGAUGUCCCUUUGCACCGAUCUGUGCCCAGCCGCCCUCAGCGUGGGUUGUUAUCUUCUACCUCAAGGGAGAAAGCCUCUUUCCCCAGGCACACGCCCCUGUUUGGGUGGCUCUCAGCGGUGUGAUUUCUCCUCCACUGCACGCCCUGGGUUUUCCCCAGUGCAGACAAAGCCUGUCUGGAGCUAUGCAAAACCCUCUGGGCGAGAGCGGGGAGGGUCCCCCACCUCCGCGGUGCCAGCCCGAUGGCUCUUACUGUGAGUAAGUCUUUCCACAACAUGACUUUUUUUUUCUUUUUUUAAUGCUCUGUUGACUACAGGAUGAGUUGCUGGCUGAAAUAAAACUGCUCCGUGCCUCUC